CAUCUAAGUAAAAAUAAAUAUACCUUAUUGUUGUCCAAUAAUAUCUCCCCAACCUCCAAGAGUCCUAGUCAAAUUCACGAAUAUUUCCCCUCUCUCCAUACAAUUCUCAUUUCAUCACUUCCUUACACUUCUCUCUCCUCUCUUCUCUUCUCUCUCUUUAUAAAUACACAAAUUACAUCUCACAAUAAAACUUCUCUCUUCCUCUCAAAACGAACUCACCAUAAAAACAAACAAAUGGAGAUAGAAUCAAACAAACCCCAACAUGAUAACAACAACAACAAUCAUGGGAUAUCUUCGACGACAACGGUGUCGAUACCGGGGUUAAGUCCCUUAAGUGAGACACUAUGGCGAGAUCAUGUUAUGACAAAAGCCGACUUCAUUGGCGACGUAUCGGCGAGACUAACAUGGAAAGAUCUAAUAGUAAUGGUAACAUUAAGUAGCGGUGAUACUCAAACUGUGUUAGAAAGUUUAACAGGUUAUGCUGAACCUGGUACUUUUACUGCUCUUAUGGGUCCUUCUGGUUCUGGUAAAUCUACUCUUCUUGACGCUCUUUCGAGCCGUCUUGCUGCUAAUGCUUUUCUCUCUGGUACUAUCUUGCUUAAUGGUCGCAAAACUAAGCUCUCUUUCGGCACCGCGGCUUAUGUAACACAAGAUGAUAACUUGAUUGGGACAUUAACAGUGAGAGAAACAAUAGCAUAUUCAGCUCGGCUUCGUUUACCGGAUAAAAUGCCCUGGUCGGAGAAGCAAGCUUUGAUCGAAAGCACCAUCAUCGAAAUGGGACUUCAAGAUUGUGCUGAUACUGUGGUUGGAAACUGGCAUUUGAGGGGGAUUAGUGGUGGGGAGAAGCGGAGGGUUAGUAUAGCUGUCGAAAUUCUUAUGAGACCGCGAUUGCUCUUCCUCGACGAGCCUACUAGUGGUCUAGACAGUGCGUCUGCGUUCUUUGUGACAGAAACCUUACGUGGACUAUCCAGAGACGGAAGAACUGUAAUUGCCUCGAUUCAUCAACCUAGUAGUGAGGUGUUCGAGUUGUUCGAUCGUUUGUACUUGCUUUCUGGUGGAAAGACUGUUUAUUUCGGGCAAGCUUCAGAGGCAUAUGAGUUCUUCGCUCAAGCCGGUUUUCCUUGCCCUGCUUUGAGGAAUCCAUCUGAUCACUUCCUUAGGUGUAUCAACUCUGAUUUUGACAAAGUCAAGGCUACUCUUAAAGGAUCAAUGAAAUUACGGUUUGAAGCAAGUGAUGACCCGUUAGAGAAGAUCACAACAGCAGAAGCUACUCGAACUCUGAUUAGCUAUUAUGCCACCUCUCAACAGUCUUAUUCAGCACUACAGAGGGUAGAAGAAAUCUCUAAAGUGAAAGGAACUGUUAUAGACUCGGGAGGAAGCCAGGCCAGCUUCUUGAUGCAGACGUUCACCUUAACUAAACGUUCGUUCACAAACAUGUCAAGAGACUUCGGUUACUACUGGCUCAGGCUGGUGAUUUACGUCGUGGUCACUGUCUGUAUCGGAUCAAUCUUUUUCAAUGUUGGAACUAGUUUCAACGCCAUACUGGCUAGAGGCUCUUGUGCAUCAUUUGUUUUCGGCUUUGUCACAUUUAUGUCUAUUGGUGGAUUUCCGUCAUUUGUUGAAGAUAUGAAGGUAUUCCAAAGAGAAAGGUUGAAUGGACACUAUGGAGUAACAGCGUUUGUGGUCAGCAACACAAUAUCUGCAAUGCCAUUCCUAAUGAUGAUUACCUUUCUUUCGGGCACUGUCUGUUACUUCAUGGUUCGUCUCCACCCUGGCUUCGAGCACUACAUCUUCUUUGUACUCUGUCUUUAUGCAAGUGUCACCGUUGUUGAGAGUCUAAUGAUGGCUAUCGCGAGCAUUGUCCCCAAUUUUCUCAUGGGUAUUAUCACUGGAGCUGGCAUACAGGGAAUUUUCAUGCUUGUUUCGGGUUUCUUCCGGCUUCCUAACGACAUACCAAAGCCAGUAUGGCGUUAUCCUAUGUCUUACAUCAGUUUCCAUUUCUGGGCUCUCCAGGGACAAUACCAAAAUGAUCUGAAAGGGGUGGUAUUCGACAACCGGACACCGGAUCUUCCAAAGAUUUCCGGGGAGUACGUACUCGAAUAUGUAUUUCAGAUUGAUACAACACGUUCAAAAUGGUUGGACCUUAGCGUGAUAUUCAGCAUGAUCAUAGUUUAUCGAAUAAUCUUCUUCAUCGUGAUCAAAAUCAAUGAGGAUGUAACCCCGUGGAUCGGAGGUUACAUAGCUAGGAGAAGAAUUCAACACAAAAACCGUAACCAGAAUUUUACCACGGUUGCACCGGACCGCCUUUCACAAUCCCCUUCUCUUAGAGCUUAUGUUGCUCGUCGUUCUGGUUCUGCUAAUGCUACUACUAAUAUCCUUAGAAGGGUGUGAUGACCAUAAAAUAUGUCCAUACUGCUCAACAAUAUGAAUAUUCAUAUAUAUAUGCUAAAGUUGUGAAUGUAUGAUUUAAUUAUUUAUCCGUAGCAUCAGUCCUCUUUCCAACUUCAAUAUUGAGGCAAUUUUUUUAUGAUAUGGUAAUUUGAUUAUUGAAUCUAACUAUAUUUGGAGAA